AUGCCCCAAAGAAAGAUCAUCAAAGGUACUCACGAGGUAACUAAACAUGUACAGGGUGAUGACAAGAGUGUCACUUCUUCUUCCUCAACAACCUCAUCUAACACCCCUUCCAUACCAGAAUAUCAUCAAGGAAAAUUAGUGGAAUAUGACGAUUUCAAGAAACAAGCAGAAGAAUCGGAGCAAGAAAACACAGAAGAACAAGAACGAGCGAAAAGGUUGGAAGAAGAAAAUGAUGCAAAGAUCGAAGAAUUCAAGAAAAAACGAAACAUUAAAUUACAAUAUAACUACACUCCCUAUUUUCAUAAUAAACAAGACGAGAAAGACUGA